GUGUGCCCGUGUCCGGAGAGCCGCGGGCUGGACGCGGACCGCGCGAACGAGCAAGCGAGCAGGCAGCGGAGCAGCAGCCCGGAGGCAGCAGCGGCGCGGCGGCGGCGGUGGCGGCGGUGGCCGCUCCGCGCCUCGCCUCCCUGGCCUCGCCAGUCUCGCUGCGCCGCGCCCGGACCUGCCACCCCCGCCUACCGGGCCCGACCUCGGCAGCGCCCCUCGCCUCGGCUGCCAGCGCCACCCGCCCUCCUAGAGCAGAGAGCGGAGUGCGGGGCGCAGAGACACCGGAGCCAGUGCCCGCCGGCCCCGCCAAGCAAACCCGGCCGGGAGAACCUUCGCUCGGCCCAGCGCAGCUCCGCAGCCGUCCGGGAGCUGUCCCUUCAGCACCGCCGCGGAAGCCUGAGUCCCAACGCAGCCCAGCGGAACCCCUGACCCAGCCCGAGCGCACAAGGUGCUGCGCUCAGCGGCCGCCCCGCGGGGCAGCACCCUGGUGCCCCUACCCAGGGGACCCGCCAUCCCCUCCGGGAGGCGGGGAGAAGGAACGAGGAGGGAGGUCAGGCAGCUUCACCCGCCACCGAGGGGAGUAGGCAGAUAGGCAAGGAGAGCCGAAGGGGACCGGUCACGCAGGGAGGAGAGCAAGCCGCAUCCGUCCCCACCGCACCGGGAGCGCGCUGCAGCGACCACCGCAGAGCCAAGCGCGGAUUUCUCGUAACCCCCUCUUUCCCAGCUGGGGCUGGUCUAUCGGUCCGGCCCCCGAAACGGAGCAGCUGACCUUCCCCUAAAAAGCUUUGUGUCGGUUUCUCCAUUUUCCCGCUGAGAUGAUACCGGGAGCCCGGCCCCCCCAUCCUCUCUCCCCUCCUCCCGGGCCUCGCCGCUGAGCGCCGCCCCACUCCCUUCCUCCCUCCCUCUUUACCUCCCUCCUCUCUUCCACUGCCUCCUCCGCAGCCAGGCCAGCUCCCUCUCACACUAGGCGCCUUAAAGACCCUAGGGAGCCCGUGCACACACCCCUGGACCCGCACCUGCCUGACAGCUCCCCCUGAGGGAGCUUGGCUCGUUGGUUGGGGUGGGUGGCCAGAGCCGCGGUCCUCUGUGCCCCCCGACGGCUGGGGGGAGGGGGGAAGAGGCCCUGCGCCCCCCUCCCCGUCGCCAACUCCCCCUGGCGGCAGCUCCCAUGGGUGUCGCUGGGCCGCGCCAUGCCUAAGGGGGCGCCGCGAUGGGCCAAGGGGACGAGAGCGAGCGCAUCGUGAUCAACGUGGGCGGCACGCGCCACCAGACGUACCGCUCGACGCUGCGCACGCUGCCCGGCACGCGGCUUGCCUGGCUGGCAGAGCCGGACGCCCACAGCCACUUCGACUAUGACCCGCGUGCCGACGAGUUCUUCUUCGACCGCCACCCGGGCGUCUUCGCUCACAUCCUGAACUAUUACCGCACCGGCAAGCUUCACUGCCCGGCCGACGUGUGCGGGCCGCUCUACGAGGAGGAGCUGGCCUUCUGGGGCAUCGACGAGACGGACGUGGAGCCCUGCUGCUGGAUGACCUAUCGCCAGCACCGAGACGCUGAGGAGGCGCUGGACAGCUUUGGCGGUGCGCCCUUGGACAACAGCGCCGACGACGCGGACGCCGACGGCCCCGGCGACUCGGGCGACGGCGAGGACGAGCUGGAGAUGACCAAGAGAUUGGCACUCAGUGACUCCCCAGAUGGCCGGCCUGGCGGCUUCUGGCGCCGCUGGCAACCGCGCAUCUGGGCGCUGUUCGAGGACCCCUACUCAUCCCGCUACGCGCGGUAUGUGGCCUUUGCCUCCCUCUUCUUCAUCCUGGUCUCCAUCACAACCUUCUGUCUGGAGACUCACGAGCGCUUCAACCCCAUCGUGAACAAGACCGAAAUCGAGAACGUUCGAAACGGCACCCAAGUGCGGUACUACCGGGAAGCAGAGACGGAGGCCUUCCUCACCUACAUCGAGGGCGUCUGCGUGGUCUGGUUCACCUUCGAGUUCCUCAUGCGUGUCGUCUUCUGCCCCAACAAGGUGGAAUUCAUCAAGAACUCCCUCAAUAUCAUUGACUUUGUGGCCAUUCUCCCCUUCUACCUGGAGGUGGGCCUAAGCGGCCUGUCCUCAAAAGCCGCCAAGGACGUUCUGGGCUUCCUGCGCGUCGUCCGCUUCGUGCGCAUCCUGCGCAUCUUCAAGCUGACCCGCCACUUCGUGGGCCUGAGGGUCCUGGGCCACACGCUCCGUGCCAGCACCAACGAGUUCCUGCUGCUUAUCAUCUUCCUGGCCCUGGGAGUGCUCAUCUUUGCCACCAUGAUCUACUACGCCGAGAGGAUAGGGGCACAGCCCAAUGACCCCAGCGCCAGCGAACACACACACUUUAAAAACAUCCCCAUCGGCUUCUGGUGGGCUGUGGUCACCAUGACGACACUGGGCUAUGGAGACAUGUAUCCCCAGACGUGGUCUGGAAUGCUGGUGGGAGCCUUGUGUGCUCUGGCUGGUGUGCUGACCAUUGCCAUGCCGGUGCCUGUCAUCGUGAACAAUUUUGGGAUGUACUACUCUUUAGCCAUGGCUAAGCAGAAACUACCAAAGAAAAAAAAGAAGCAUAUUCCGCGGCCACCACAGCUGGGAUCUCCCAAUUAUUGUAAAUCUGUCGUAAACUCUCCACACCACAGUACUCAGAGUGACACAUGCCCGCUGGCCCAGGAAGAAAUUUUAGAAAUUAACAGAGCAGGUAGGAAACCUCUCAGAGGCAUGUCGAUCUGACCUUUCACCUCCGCCCCCUGUAGCAAUGAUUCCAGAUCCAGUCAGACUGCUUCCUUAGUUCCACGGGCGACCCAGGAUCCUGUGCCCAACUUUGAGUUGUGGAGCCUGGGACCCCAGGGAGAUGCUGGGCGGCCAAAUUCGGAAGGCAGGAGCUUACUAGAGGAAUCUCACUAGUGGCCCUGGGUAAGGAGGUUGAUGUGGUUGGUCUCACAAGUUCUGAAGAGACCCCCAAGGAAGUUUGCUGAGGACUCUCUUAGCAGAAGCCUAGAGGCUGCUGCUCGGUUGGAAGGAGUCAGGCAUGAGUCUCUGACGGGCUACUAACCCAGUGGUGGGCAGGGACAAACAGAGUGGGGCUGAUUCAGAGACACCAUACAGCCUUUGAUUUGGUCUUUAACAUGCGUGCCUUCAGGCUGUGUAGACUGGCAGAGUGGUCCAUGCAGGUCCGGCAGCUGGGUCCCUGAAAAGGCAUUAGCCAGGAUUCUCAGCCCUAGCAGAACCUGUCUCUCUAGCUGAGUAGAUUCCCCACCCUGAUGCCGGCUGGCUACCCAGCUCCAGGUCCCUGCUAGGAGUCGCCCCUAGCCUUCUGUGACAAGCUUACUCACCCCAUAGCAUGCCGAAUCAACUCAUCCUCUGCCACUACUGUAGAGUUUAGCAUUUCUCUUUAGGACUGUUGGAGUGACUCUGGCUUUCACGUUGUCUGUUUGGGUUGAUGGUCCAAUGGGAGUUUCUGGUGACCUUCUGAUGGAAGUGGCUGGUGAGCAAAGGUCUAGAGAGGGGGCCACACCCCGGGCAGCUUAGAUGAAAGCAUUAUGGACCAGCAACAACCUCCCACCACUGAGAGUUGUCCCCACACCUAGCAGUAGGGACUGUAGCAGCAGCAGCAGCAGCAAUACAAGACAUCCCAACCACUUACCCACGCAUUCACUGGGAGAUGGGGGUGGGGGUGGGGGGUGGGGUAAAACAAUACUAGUCACCGAGGGAUAUAUUCUCAUAUUCCAUGGCUAGUGGCUCAUUAUGGGACUAUCUCAGUUUUAUGAGAACCUGCGCAUAGCACAUAAAGUUGACCAUGGGGCUCUGGUCCGAAGAUGAAAACCCAUAGUCUACCUCUACCCAUGGAAUCCCAUUGACUUAACUCUGAGGAGGCAGGGAUCUCCAAGGAACAGAUGAUCCCAAGAAGAAUGGCGAUACUGAGCUCAGAGGUACCGGGUGAGUGUGGGGUUGAUGUGUGCUGUUCCAUUCGUUUAGUCUAUGAAAAGCACCCCACGCUGGGUCUGGCAGGGGGGCUGCGCGCUGACUCAGCUUCAGGUGAGGACAGCUCCCUUCCACUCGGGUGGCCUCCCUCAGUGGACGAUUGAUGUCCUCUGCUGCUGGUGUGCUAUCGGAUUCACCCUCCCAACCCAGACAUUUAUCCUGCUGGCUGGGGCAGCCGAAACCAUGUUCCGAGGCCUGCUUCUUUGUGCAGACCUCUCACCCAUUCCUUGCCCCUUAUUUCCUGAGAUUCCUGUAGGUACAUAAGCAAAAUACAGCUUGUGUUCUAGUUUGGGGCAGGGAAUACAGGGGCUCUAAAGUAGAGAUAGGCUCCUGAUCAAGCCAUGUCUCCAUUUUGGGAAGCCCCAGGCCUACCCUAUUGUUUUGAGUUAGCUAGCUGUUUUACCCCAAGAGUCACUACCUGUGCAAGGACAGUUUCCCCAGCUUUGGAUGGUCUACCCUCUCCUCAACUCCACUGUGAGCCCCAGCAGGAAGUGCUCAGCCUGAGGGUUAUCGCAUGACCCUCCUUGGCCCUUCUGACUCAUCUUCCCCAACACUGUGUCAGGAUUUGGUGCUCAAAAUUGGAGCCCCAGGUCAGCCUAUUGAUGAUCCCAGUUCACUCUAGCCAGGUUCCUCUGCACAGCCAGACAAUGACCUUAUCAUCCAUGUACUGUGGACACACACACACACAGAGCUAAUCCUAAGGACAUUAGCCCUUUCCUCAUGUUGCAGCAGAUCUGCAAAGCCUACGGAUUCCUGUAAAUUUUCCUCUGGGUUCCUUAGCCUUGCUGAGCCUUAAGCAGGCCUGCCUGGGAAAUACCUUGCCCUGGCUCCAGAUUUCAGGAAUUUGGAGAUCUCUGGUUUGGGCAGUCUUAUGACUAGCUGUCUGAACUCAAGCUCUCUAUCUCUAAAACAAACAAACACACACACACACACACACACACACACACACACACACACACACACACACACACACACCACUUUCCCUUGCUGUUUGGUGCUGUUCUGAUGUUCAGCCUCCAACCCCUCAGCUCUAAGAUUCCAGUCCCACCUUUAGCCUCAUCUUUCACCAGAACACUGCUCACCUCAGAUGCUGGCCUGUGAGACCAGGGAUAUCUACUGCGGGAGCAUAUGAGGUCCCUGGAGCUUGUCUUCACCCAUCCCUGGACCACAGGCCCCUUUCCUCUUUAACCUCUUUCUCCUUAUACACCUGGAUGGGCAAGGGCUGGAGGUGAGCCAUUGAGGGGGAAGCCAGAGAGUAAGAAAGCAGAUGUGAUGGGUAGAGACUAGGCCCCAUGGGAAUAUGGGAGAUGAGAUGAGAUCCUAUGGGGUCCUUCAGCAAGAGGCAGUCACACAGACCCCCAAACAGAGCUUUCUCUAGUUCUAUUUCUAACUCUUGGGUUAGGGACUAAGAGUGCUGGGCUGGGCACUGCAGCCAGGCCUCCAGCUGGGUCAGCAGCUCCUAACCCUCACCUCCACCUCUCAGUGAAGCCGCUGUCUGUCUGUCUGUCUGUCUGUCCAUCUGUCCCAGGGAUGUUGUGAUCUCUUUCUUUGGGCUGUGGCUUGAAUGGCCUCAGUAUUUGUGGGAUCUUGUCCUGAGGGGCUGCCAAGGGUUCAGGUCUCACCUGGCCAUGAGCUAGGAGGCACGGGGAGUGAUUCUCAGGGACUGAGGUCCCUGGAACAGCUGCUGUCCUCUCAGAGGGGGUUUCCUUCCCUGCUUACAGUGGGGCCAACCACUUACUCUGGGCAGCUUGGAGUGUCUGCUGUCCCCUGUCCUGCCAUGUCCAUUCUUAUGUGUGUUUGCUCCUGUGAUGAGUCAGACCUUUGUGGUGUGGGGUCCCAGGGUUACAGGUCCCCCACAGAGGGAUACAGGUGGCAGGUUUGUCUUCUUUCUUGCCUGUGUGGGUGUGCAGAGCCAAAGCACAGUAUCAGAGGUGCCCCACUCCCACCACCCGUAGGAGCUACCUGCUGCAGCCUCAGUGGUCUUUGCAGGAGUAGCUUGUUUUCUGAGCAUCAGAAUCCAAAGCCCCUAUUGCUGCGGCCCCCAGCUGUCUUCUCCUGGGCUGCAGUGGCUGCCUGGGAUUAGUGCUAGACCCCGGGGUGGUUGGAAAGGUGGCAGAAUUGAGGACAGAAUUGAUGGGGUGAGACAGGUGGCCAAAGAGAACCCAGCCACAAGGCAGGGCUGGCAGUGUGGACCCAGAAUGGAGUCCAUACUGGCCAUGUGGGCAAAGGGAGAUCUGAGGAGAGAAAUGAAAUCUUGAAGGCCAGGCAUGGGUGUUCUUUUCUGUGUUGCUCAUAUUCUCUCUCUCUCUCUCUCUCUCUCUCUCUCUCUCUCUCUCUCUCUCUCUCUUUCUCCACCACUAAUCUCCCUUUCUCUCCGUGUUUUGUUGCCUGAGUGUGCUGAUUCCCAUGCCUCUCACGGCUUGUCCCCCUUUAGCCUGGGAUGUUUUCCCCUGAGUCGAAGCUGGGCAGACCCCUUCGGGGCAAACCCAAGGCAAUGUUCAGCCCAUGUAAUCCCAGUCCAGUCCUGCGUGCGCCUGGUGGCGCCCGCUGCUGGUGUGAACAGUAAGUACGUCAGAAGUGUCUAGAGGUGCCAGAAAAGCCAGCCUGCUGACAGAGGGCCUGGUCACAUAGGUUCUCCUUGCUCCAAAGUUUAAAAAAAAAUGACCCUCUCACAGACGUUCAUCUCAGUUCAUUUCAAAGCCUGGAAACCAUCUCUGAGACGCUGACCAUGUCGCCAUUCCAUCAUCGCAGGCCUGGGGGUAUGGUGUCCCAGGGUCCUGGGCUAAGGAGGCAGGCCCAGCUCUCCAAAAACAAGCAGGAACCUUGAGCAGGAAAGAUGAGCAGGUGGGUGGGGACUCUGAGGUCUUGUACCUCUGGUCUUUCUCACGGUUUGGACGGUUGGCCCUCUUUGGUUUUUCUCUCUCUGGCCAUCCGCACUGGAGUUUGGAACAGGAAGGGAAUGGCCUGGUUGCUGAGAGAAUCAUCGACUGCAGAUGAAACAUCAGCCACUUGGCCAUAGACCCUUUCUCAAGGUUGAGGCAGAAAGAAAAAGCAGGUUCCAGGGAUACCCUGGAAACUGCCCAUCACCCUGUCCUCCUAGAUCCCAGAUGGCUGUCCCUUGUCCCUGGACCUCCCAAGAGGGACUGCCCCACUUUCAAACUCUUUCCAGUUUAAGGUGGGAGCCCCAGGGGCAGGGGUCGCGUAGACAGAGACUCGGAGCCAGAGGAGGGGGUGGUCUCAGGCUGUACUGUCUCUGUUGAGGCAGAGACAGGAAAGAGCAGUCACUAUCUGAUCCUUCUCUGGACAAGAAGAGCAGGCUAUGGACAUCUACACAAGAGCAUCUUUGCCAGCUGGAGAAGAUGCACUUGGAAGCCUCCAUUCUUCCCCAUGCAAGGCAUGUGGACCCCAGCUUCCGGCCCCCCCUUCCCCACCAUACCACUUUCUCAUCUCCCCAGCAUCCUCCUCCCAGCCUGCAGACCCUCCAUGAGGGAGACAAGAGCCAAAUGGAACGUAAGGGAGAAUAUGCAGGUCUGUGGGCACAUAGGUGUCCCACAGACACACCCUAUAUGCUAGGCAGCCCCCAGCUUGUCACAUGGUGCCAGAGUUUCCCUAAUAGCUGGCCUUUCUGGUUCCGAGUCAAUCAGGAUCGAAGGCCCUGGGAUCUUCAAGGAAUGCACUGUACGUGAAAUGCCUUGCCGUCUUGUACGACAGACUUUUUUAAGUUCCAAAAUUAUGAUGGGAAAUUUUUUUUUUGGAUUUGCUUUAUGAAUAAACCUGAUUGGUCCAUUUCU